CGGUGCUGGGGCUGGCGCGGCUCGAGCCGCCGCCGCACUGACAGCUCGGUCUGCGGACCAUGGAGACCGGCGCUGGCCCACAUCCGCUGCGCCAGUUCAUUUGCCUGAUGCCACUUUCUCUCGCGUUGCUUUUGGGACCAGGGAGGCCCGGGACCGCCGAGGAAGUCAUCCUCCUGGAUUCCAAAGCCUCCCAGGUUGAACUGGGCUGGACUGCACUGCCGAGCAAUGGGUGGGAGGAGAUCAGCGGUGUGGACGAGCACGACCGUCCCAUCCGCACGUACCAGGUGUGCAACGUGCUGGAGCCCAACCAGGACAACUGGCUGCAGACCGGCUGGAUCGGCCGCGGCCGCGGGCAGCGCAUCUUCGUGGAGCUGCAGUUCACGCUGCGCGACUGCAGCAGCAUCCCCGGCGCCGCGGGCACCUGCAAGGAGACGUUCAACGUCUACUACCUGGAAACCGAGGCCGACCUGGGCCGCGGGCGUCCCCGGCCAGGCAGCAGCCGGCCCCGCAAGAUCGACACGAUCGCCGCCGACGAGAGCUUCACCCAGGGCGACCUCGGCGAGCGCAAGAUGAAGCUGAACACCGAGGUGCGCGAGCUGGGGCGGCUCAGCCGGCGGGGUUUCCACCUGGCCUUCCAGGACGUGGGCGCAUGCGUGGCGCUGGUCUCCGUGCGCGUCUACUACAAGCAGUGCCGCGCCACGGUGCGGGGCCUGGCGGCGUUCCCGGCCACCGCGGCCGAGAGCGCCUUCUCCACGCUGGUGGAGGUCACCGGGACGUGCGUGGCGCACUCGGAAGGGGAGCCCGGCAGCCCCCCGCGCAUGCACUGCGGCGCCGAUGGCGAGUGGCUGGUGCCCGUGGGCCGCUGCAGCUGCAGCGCCGGAUUCCAGGAGCGCGGUGACGUCUGUGAAGCCUGUCCCCCAGGCUUCUACAAGGCCUCCUCCCGGCGGCCCCUCUGCUCGCCCUGCCCAGAGCACAGCCGGGCCCUGGAAACCGCCUCCACGUUCUGCGUGUGCCAGGACAGCUAUGCGCGCUCGCCCACCGACCCGCCCUGGGCCUCCUGCACCCGGCCGCCGUCGGCGCCGCGGGACCUGCAGUACAGCCUGAGCCGCUCGCCGCUGGCGCUGAGGCUGCGCUGGCUGCCGCCGGCCGACUCGGGCGGCCGCUCGGACGUCACGUACUCGCUGCUGUGCCUGCGCUGCGGCCGCGAGGGCCCGGGCGCCUGCGAGCCGUGCGAGCCGCGCGUGGCCUUCGUGCCGCGCCAGGCCGGGCUCCGCGAGCGCGCGGCCACGCUGCUCCACCUGCGGCCCGGCGCGCGCUACACCGUGCGCGUGGCGGCGCUCAACGGCGUCUCGGGCCCGGCGGCCGCCGCGGGAGCCACCUACGCGCAGGUCACGGUCUCCACCGGGCCCGGGGGGCCCUGGGAGGAGGAUGAGAUUCGCAGGGACCGAGUGGAACCCCAGAGCGUGUCCCUGUCAUGGCGGGAGCCCAUCCCUGCUGGAGCCGCUGGGGCCAAUGGCACGGAAUACGAGAUCCGCUACUACGAGAAGGGUCAGAACGAGCAGACUUACUCCACAGUGAAGACAGGGGCGCCUGCGGUCACCGUCACCAACCUGAAGCCAGCCACUCGCUACAUCUUUCAGAUCCGGGCGGCUUCCCCGGGGCCCUCCUGGGAGACGCAGAGCUUCAGCCCCAGCAUUGAAGUACAGACCCCAGGGGAGGCUGCCUCCGGCUCCAGGGACCGGAGCCCCGCAGUUGUCGUCACCGUGGUGACCAUCUCAGCCCUCCUUGUCCUGGGCUCUGUGAUGAGCGUGCUGGCCAUUUGGAGGAGGCCCUGCAGCUAUGGCAAAGGAGGUCAGGAUGCCCACGAUGAGGAGCUGUAUUUCCACUUCAAAGUGCCGACUCGCCACACGUUCAUGGACCCCCAGAGCUGUGGGGACCCACUGCAGGCUGUUCACCUGUUUGCCAAGGAGCUGGAUGCGAAAAGUGUCACAGUGGAGAAGAGCCUCGGAGCAGGGCGGUUUGGGGAGUUGUGCUGUGGCCGCCUGCAGCUCCCUGGCCGCCAGGGGCUCCCGGUGGCUGUGCACACACUGAGGGAAGGCUGCUCCGACUCCCAGAGGCUCAGUUUCCUGGCCGAGGCCCUCACCCUGGGGCAGUUUGACCACAGCAAUGUCGUGCGGCUGGAGGGGGUUGUCACCCGAGGAAGCACCCUGAUGAUCGUCACUGAGUACAUGAGCCUCGGGGCCCUGGACGGCUUCCUCAGGCGGCACGAGGGCCAGAUGGUGGCUGGGCAGCUGCUGGGGCUGCUGCCUGGGCUGGCGUCAGCCAUGAAGUAUCUGUCGGAGAUGGGCUACGUUCACCGGGGCCUGGCCGCCCGCCGCGUGCUCGUUAGCAGUGGCCUUAUCUGCAAGAUUUCCGGCUUUGGGCGGGGACCUCGGGACCGAGCAGAGGCUGUCUACACCACCAUGAGUGGCCGGAGCCCGGCGCUGUGGGCCGCCCCCGAGACGCUGCAGUUCGGCCACUUCAGCUCUGCCAGCGACGUUUGGAGCUUCGGUGUUGUCAUGUGGGAGGUGAUGGCGUUUGGGGAGCGGCCCUACUGGGACAUGUCCAGCCAGGACGUAAUCAAGGCCGUGGAGGAUGGCUUCCGGCUGCCGCCCCCCAGGAACUGCCCUUCCCCCCUGCACCGGCUAAUGCUGGACUGCUGGCAGAAGGACCCGGGUGAGCGGCCCCGGUUCUCCCAGAUCCACAGCAUCCUGAGCAAGAUGGUGCAGGACCCAGAUCCCCCAAAGUGUGCUACGGCGCCCUGUCCCAGGCCACCCACUCCCCUGGCGGACCGUGCCUUCUCCACCUUCCCCUCCUUUGGCUCCGUGGGCGCCUGGCUGGAGGCCCUGGACCUCGGCCGCUACAAGGACAGCUUCACGGCAGCUGGCUAUGGGAGCCUGGAGGCCGUGGCCGCCAUGACUGCGCAAGACCUGGUGAGCUUGGGCAUCUCGUCGGCGGACCAUCGGGAGGCCCUCCUCAGUGGGGUCAGCGCCCUGCGGGCACGAGUGCUCCAACUGCAGGGCCGGGGGGUGCAGGUGUGAGCAGCCCCCACUCUUCAGGCCGGGACCCCAGUGGGCUGCAGACCCGCCUUGACAGCACCCUGGCAAGCUGCGCUCCACCAUGCAGAAGUGAGCACUCUUCCCAUUUCCUCAGCCUGAGCACCUGGGCUGACGCAGUCUCCCUGGGAAAAGGGUCAGGUCCCUGGAGAAGACCCUCGAGAGAAGAGGGAGGAAGUGCCGGGUUUCAGAGACUGAGGUGGGGCUGGGCAGGGAGGGAAGGCAGAGUUUCAAAUCACCGGGCUCAUGCCCUCCUGUCUGCCACAUCCAUGGGGAGCUGGGACCUGCCCCUUAUCCCACAGACCCAUUGGCCAGCAGGCAGCCCGGGUCCCUGCUGGGCUCUCUUUAGGCCUGAGUGACCGAGCUGCCUGGAAGCCCGUCCUGAUGGGCCCUGGAGGGCAGGGUCCUCAGCUCCUUGCGCCCUGGGUCAGCCCUGGCUGGACGUUGGUCCCGCGGCGCAGGCAGCAGAGGAGGUGCUGAGCUCAGGGGCUGGACCUCGAGGCCCUAGACUCUGGAGCGGGUUUCUGCUUCCCUUGCUUUGGGCUGACAGUUCAGCGGGAGGGAAGGGUCCUGGCUGGGCCACUCGAGGUCCUGGUGCUCCCCUGAGCCCCCCGAGCCUCUCUGUGCACUUUGCAUUCCUUUUAUAAACUCAGUGGCCGGGGCCCCGGGGAUGAGCAGGCGGGGAGAUGUGUUCUCUCCAGGGGGACCCCGGGCUUUGUGUCCAGCCUUGGGGAUGGUGAAGAAGAGACCCUCAGAGAUGGACCUUCUCUCUCUGACAGGCUGGGCCAACCCUCACUGUUCAGAUGGGGAAAACUGAGGCCCAGGGAGGAGUCAGGGCCAGGCCUGGGUUACAACCAGGUGGCACAGGGCCCUGUGCAGGGGUGAGGCUGGCUCUGGAGAGAGGCCUUGGUCCUGCCCUGUGACACCACCCCCUGUCCUGUGGCAGCCAGAGGUGGCCGAGGUGAGCCCCCAUGGGGCGCUCCAUCCCCUGGCCACCGCCCAGCCCCACAGAGCGCCUCCUCCCUGGGGCUUCUGCAGGCCUCUGACCAAAGCGGGUGCACUAGGCUGACUCCAGAGUUCCUUGUCCAGAGGGGCUCCCUAAAAGUGGAGGUGACCAUGAGGUCAGGCUGUCGCCGUGCGUCAGGAAGGCGGCUGGGGCUGGAUAGGGCCACGGGGGCUGUCUUUCCAGGUGACUCCUGACAGGCCUCUCUGGG